AUGGCCUGCCGCAGCUGUCAGAGACGCAACAAGACUUGCGAUGACCGACGCCCUCGGUGCAGCUUCUGCAGGUCAUCUCGUCUUCGGUGCAGAUAUGACCGACGCCCUGCUGUCCUCCGGGCACGCCGUGAGCAUAGAAGAGCAAUAGGGAACAAUACUUCCCCGAGUCAGACAGAAACACCAAGUCCAACUGAGACUUCAAGCCCGACUGAGGCUUCAAGUCCGACUGAGGCUUCAAGUCCGACUGUGACUUCAAGUCCGACUGAGACUCCAAGUCCGACUGCGAGAUCUGAAACUCGCUCCAUAGCGGGGACCAAUAAUCAAAGGCCCGCUUAUCUUCCCUUGGCACCACGUCCCACUCAUCCAUGGGGAAAUUACAGCCAUCUCAUACGCCCAGUGAGCGUCUUCGCCAAGUUCCUUGCCUCAUGGGAGGAUCAAUUGCCGAUUCCGGAUGAAAUCGAGGAUAUCGAAAAGGCAGCCUGGCAUUUCAAUUACGAAGAGCCUGGAGUGCUACUUCCGCCCCCGUACAACUCGAGGAAUGGGAAAUACAGCGAAGCCGAUAUCCGCCAGGGACGUGCCCCUUUCGCUUGGCCCAGCGAAUUGACCCCCUCUACGCCGCAAUCGCCGAGAUCUGAAGUCGUUUCUAAAAGUCUUAUCACGCAGUACUGCUCAAGCGCUCUGGGCAGUCACCUGAUGUUCAAGCGACCGGAUUGGACUUACUAUACAUAUUUCUUCCAUCGUUUCAGUACCCACCAUCACUGCUUGCUCUCUGCGACCCAGGCCUGGGCGUCUGCGACCUUGCACUCGUUGGGCAAGAAACAGUCGCUGAAGGAUGCGCUCCAGAACUACAACGAUAGUUUGGCAACGAUGGUCAAGAAAUACGGCAUCACCGCGAAUUCCAUCAAUCCCACUGAAGAGAGACAGAACAAGACGGCCCAUCUGGUGAGAUCCACUUCUCCCGACGACAAAGAUGCCAUGUUCGUGUCGUACCUCUUUCUUGCUCUCGUCGAUCUCAUAGCCGCGCGACCCCAUCAUCUGCGCUGUAUCCUCCUCUUCAUCGCGUCCUUCCUCGAGAACCCGGACUUCAGAUCCAAUAUGACCGGUGUCCAAGCGCGAGUUGCUUGCUGGCUCUCUAUCCUAGAUGGCAGAGCAUCCGCCUUCCAACGCGGCGGAGGCGCCAUCGUCAGGGCCAUCGGCGAAGAAAACAGCCUCAUGUCCUUCUUCCGCCACUCACACAACGCCCUCGAUCAAGCCUACUGCACCGUCCGCACCGACCAGGAGCAAUCCAUCGAGAACGCCAAAUUUCUCUUCCACGAUCUCCUCCUGCGCUUGACCUCACUCUUCGCGCAAAUCACCGACGCGAAGCACGCCCACCCCGACACCGCCCCCGCGCGCAUCCAACUGAUCCGCCACAAACUCGACUUCUACAAGAAAACCGUCGACGCCAACUUCGCGCUCCUCCCCGCGGACAACCAAUGCCAUGCCAUCUUCGCUGUCGUGUCCACCGUGUACCACAGCCUGGAGAUCUCCUUCUCGCGAGCGCUUCGACCCAAUGACCCCCGACACGCGGCGAGCCAGCACGCCGUCUGCAUUCUGCAGUUUUGCGCCAAGCUCGAGACCCUCCGGUCGCAGAGCCCGGCGGCGUCUUUGUCGCUGUCGAUGCAGAUCUGGCCUCUUCCGCUUGUCAUGGCGGUAAUUGAGAUCCAGGGCCCGGUUCAUCGUGCGUCGGCCCUUAAGCUUCUCGAGACUUUUGCGCCCGCCGUUAGUGAGCACUAUCCCUGGGCCAAGAGAUUCGCCGCGGUUGUUUGCGAAAGGGAGGAUACGGAAGAGCGCCGACUUGACUGGGCUGCUGUCAUGCAGGGCUUGAACGACGGGAUGGUGAUAUGA